CACGCGGCCGGAAAAAAAUGCCCAGAUAUGAACAAAUAAGUAACAUGAUUUCUACCCGUACUAACUAUAAAGAAGUAUAUGUAAAUAAUGCUCCAUGGUGUUAUUGUGCUGGAAUACCUCUCUAAUGUUUGCACGAACAUGAGAACCUAUAUGCACGUAGCUCUGUUGAAGAAUUUAUAAUUGAUAUUGGUAGUUUCCGAACAUUUGAAACCAUAGUUUUAUCAAUAAAACAUAUAUAAGUGUGGGACAUAAAUCUUUCUAGUAUGAAUAAGGUAAUCUCGGUUAUAAAUGUGCUAGGCAUUUUGUGGAAAAUUGCUAUAGUCACUGGUAAACAGUGUGUAAAAUCCAACCACUGUGCUUGUGUUUUUGACGAUGGAAGCGGAACGAUAGAUCUCAGUCCUAUAGGCCACAAAGAUGGAACGGCAGUAUUUGUAGAUCGACCUUCAUCUACUGACGCCUACUGGUACUCUUACAACCCAUGUGGAACUUUCUACGAAGCUGCCUGUGUAAAUGUUGCUAUAUGUCAAUAUGAUGCAGCCAAUUACAUAUUUCAGGUAUGCCAGUAUGACCCAGUUAAAUACGUAUUCCAGGACAUAGGCGUUCCUGAUAAAGUAUCGUUCAACUACAAUGGACUUUAUGUGGUAGCUCAAUACCAGAGUCAAGACGGGUUCAGAAAUACCUUUGUGACAUUGGUCUGUGAUCAAAGGAAAACACAACCUGCGCUAGACGUUAUCGGGGGAACAACAGGGACAGACUAUUACAUGACUCUGACUACCGUCGCUGCGUGCCCUGUGCCCUCCCCGCAACCAUCACCAGAACAAGAAGGGGGAGGGCUCAGUACAGGCUCUAUAUUGUUGAUAAUAUUCUUCGUGUUGCUAUUUGUGUACCUCGCGGUUGGUGUAACGUUCAACAAAGUCUGGCGAGACUUCAGAGGGAUUGAGGUGAUACCAAACAGCGAAUUUUGGGCAACUCUGCCCGGACUUGUUAGGGAUGGAUGUGCGUUAAGUUUGGCAACAGUAUGUAGAAAACGCUCCGUUUAUGUGUCAAUGUAAUGAAAGUUGUCGAAAAAUUGUAAAUGAAUCAUAACUGCAUCUGAGUUGCUAGGGUUUUGUAAUGUCUUUUUCUUCUCUGAUAUAUACUGACUGACUCAAGAGAAAAUACAAAACAAAUAUGUAAUAAAAGGGCGAAGUUGGCACAAAGUCACUCACCAUCUUCAGAUGGUCUUCAGAUGGGCAGUGCAGACAGCGUAAAACUAGCAUAGCUUCUUGUACAAAUAAAAUAUACAUUUAUAUUUUGAAAAGCAUAUACUUUAAUUUAAUGUUGUAUUGUUUGUAGAAAGAUUUAGAUAAAACUGUAUUUGCUUUUAUAGCCAUAACCUUUGCAUAAUCAGCAUUUCUGAUACAAAAUUGCAUUUAUAUAAAGAAUUUAUAAAAUAAAUGGUUCUGCGUAAAAUAUU